AUGGCUACGGCGGCCAAUCUCACUGAGACUAGACAACUGCGCAGGAGAUAUUAUAGUGCACAAGUGUACGCGCAGACACAGGUGCACUCUCUAUUCGUGUCACUCUCAUACUCCGAUGGGGCAACAAUUCAUCACGACCAGCGAGACAUCAGGCCCAGGACCGAAGGCUUAACCUGCUCUCCGAGACACGGGGGUGAAACACCGCCAACUUCCCAACUCCAGGCUGCUAUUGAAAUGUUUAAAACAGAAAAAUCAAUAACUAAACUUGCUUCGACUCGGAAUUCGAACCAAAGACCACCAGAUAAUAUGCAGCCGUCA